CGCAAAAACCCACUCAUCCCUUUCCCCUCCCUUCUUAUCUCUAUGGUCCCUAUUUCCCCACCCACCUUUAACGAACAGCGUGCUCUUGAAGGCGCGCACGCGCAAAAGAAGGUGAGUCGACCGCCGCCCUCUUUGUUUAGGGCAACAUCGCUCCUCCUUUUUCUCCUCCUCUCAGCCAUCUCUCCACACCAGUGAAAGCGAGCGCUGCCAUCUUGGUACGGGGCCCAUUGCGAGUGACAGCCCGGCUUGGAGCGGUGCGGAAGGCUGCGGCCCAGUGUGUGAGAGAGAGAGAGAGGGGGGCGGAAAGAAGCGGAAGGCGGCAGAGCCGCCUGCUUCUCUUGGACCUCCAUCUCUUGGCGAGGUUGGCCGUGUGGGAGGCAGGUGAGGAGAAAAGGGCGAGGGCGCAGCGGCCGUUAUAAUGAAGCGGGAGGGCGGGAAUUGGCGUUGGGAUGCGAGGAAAGCGGCCUCGCAAGUUGGCCUGGAAGGUAUCCAUCCGCCGGGGCUGCUUUCGCGGAAGAACCAGGUCUUUUAACCUUCCUGAAGAAGUAAACCCCAUUCGGUUGAGUGGGGUUUAUUUCACCUGAGGUAAAAGCGUAUAGGGUUGCAGUCUUGGGGACUGUGGCCUUUCCGUCGGUUUAUCGAUGCUUCCACCCCUGUUGGAGGUGGUGGAGAACCGAAGUCCCAUUUUCGAGAUAUGUUGAUUCCCCAUCCCUCUUUCUUUCUUUCUUUCUUUCUUUCGCCUCGAUUUUUUUAUUAACAUCACACACCUGCACACUCCUUAGCUGUAAGCCAAGGAUUGGUCCUGGAUUAUUUUUUUCCAGUGCCAGGAGGUUUUGAGUCUGAAAUAAGUCUUGGAUCUUAAGGAAGUGAAAAUGAAGAAAUGGCGCAUGAGCAUGUACAGAGGGGUCCUUUCGAGAACAAAAUGCCAAUGCUAUCCUAGGCUGUAUCAACAGAAGCAUAGUGUCUUGAUCCAGGGAAGUCAUAGUCCCUCUCUGUUCUCCCUCGGUCAGGAAUAUUGUGUCCCGUUCUGGGCACCACAAUUUAAGAAGGAUGUUGACAAGCUGGAAUGUGUGCAGAGGAGGGUGGCCAAGGUGAUUGAGGGUGUGGAAGUAAAGCCUUAUGAGGAACAGUGGAGGGAAUUUGGUAUGUUAGCCAGAGGACGUCUGAUAGCCAUCUUCAAAUAUCUCAAAGGCCAGCACACGGAAGAUGGAAAAAGUUUGUUUUCUCCUGCUCCUGAGGGUAGGGCUUGAACUAAUGGCUUCAAGUUACAAGAAAGGAGAUUUUGACUAAACAUCAGGAAGAACUUUCCGACAGCACGAGCCUGUUUGACAGUGGAACAGACUCCCACAAGAGAUGGUGGACAGUCCUUCCUUGGAGGUUUUUAAGCAGAGCUUGGAUGGGCAUCUGUCAUGGAUGCUCAAGUUGAGAUUCCUGUAUUGCAGAGGGUUGUACUAGAUGACCCUUGGGGUCCCUUCCAACUCUACAAGUCUAUGAAUGACCCCUCUAACCCUGUAUAGCUGUAGUAAGGGAGAAAGGGGCUUCCAGGUCACAGAAAGUGACUUCCAGACUAACCAGCACCCAGGUAUUUCUCCCACCUUGGAAAGUGAAUAAAAGCUAUGCCUGUGUGUUAGAUCCAGAUAUAAGUAGCUUUCUUUUUAAGGGUUAUCAUGUUGCUAUGUGAUGUUCGAUUUGUGAAGCUCAAAAGUGCUGGCGUGCCUUAAAAUAGAUACGUUGUUGGAGCAAAACUUAAAAACAAAAGCAAAAUGUAGGCUUCCGUUCUCUUUUUAUAAAGCUAGGCAGUCUUGACAUAAUAUGUGCUGCUAUGCCCGGCCUAGGGAACAUUGUCAUCUGGAAGAAGGGGCAAAUUAGGAAAAACGUGACAUUACUAUUUAAGGGCCAUUAAGAAAAUGUGUGUUUGUGUUGGGGUGGGGAGGAGAGGAGAGGAAAAGAGAAAGGAAUGAUACUUUUUCUCAUAUAUCAUACUGUACCUGACCUUAUAGUUCAGAUGCUGCAUUUAAUAAAUAAUUGGGAGAUCUAUUCUGUGCUGCAGAGCAUCAUGGAGAGAAAGCAUGGUUGACAAACUCCACUGCAGUUUGCAGUAGUGCAGGGACAGCAGUUCUGCUGCAAAAAGAUCAGUCUGCAGAAUAUGCUGCGGGACAGCCAAUUCUUUCUUUUAAUAUUCUUAAAGGAUGCAAAGGGAGGACUCAGACAGCAUGAAACAGAUUGCAUUUAAGAAACUUCUGUUUCCUCUUAAUGUUAUAUACAUAAGCACUUUGAAUAAAUAUUGUUGUUAUUGUGGCAUUUGUAGAAUUUAAUGCAAACUCUGUUUAUUUUAUAUGAGUGAGCUCUUUUUGGAGAAAGAGAGUAGGAAGAAAUCAGCUUGGAUAAAUGUCCUCAAGAAGGAAAUAAAUUAUAGUUGAUCCUUCCUAGUUUUUCUUCUGAGUUUUUAACUGCAGUUUUGUAAAACAAAAGGAAUAUUAAUAUGAGAUAAUGAAAUCAUCCCUUAUGAACACCUCUGAACAUACUGUGCAUUGGAUUUUCUGCUGAAUACAAUGGAUAUAUCUUUUUAAAAUCUGAAAAUGAUACACAAAAAACUGAAUGCAUAUGUGCGCGCGCGCUCUCUCUCAUUAAGAGGACAUAUAUUUGGAAAAGAUGAAAUGAUAUAUUCUGUUAGUCCAAAAAUGUCAAGAGAACAACAGUUGGGUUAUUGGGUGUUAAACAUAACACACGGUUAGCAUUUUAAUAGUAAUUAGGAGAUGAAUAUCUCUGAGUUUGUGAAAUUGCCAAGAGACAAAGACACCUUCAUAGAAUGUUAAGAAUAAUCCAGAAACAACAAUAUUAUGAAGUAAAAGAGACCAUUAUUGAUAAUAGUUUGUGUGUCAAGGGUAUAUGUUUGCAACCCAUUGUAAACAUACAAAAAAAUUAUAGAUCUUUAUCAUUGUAAGCUUGGAAGAGAGAAAUUAUGUAUCACGACCAUAACUACAAUAAUUUAUGCUCUACAUUUUCUGUUUUAUAACCUGGGUAGAUCCUGUUUAUAUGAUGAAAACAAUAAAUUACAAUUGUUGGGAGGCUUCACGUAACAUUAUUGGUUGUCAUGCAGCAGUCUAAAUAAAGUUUAUUUCUAGUAAGUAGCAAAUAAUUUGAGGGGGCAAAGCUCUUAUGGUUCUCAGGAUGCAAGUUGUCAAAUUUCCUUUUGAUACCUGAUCUUUCUGCUCACUAAAUUAUUUAGAUUGGGUUGCAAUCUCCUUCGCCAUUUUUUCCUUUGUUAAAGAAAUAACAAAUAUUUGCUGUUUUCUCAAAUGAUUUGAAAACUAGCUUCUGUGAUUAUUUGGCAUUUGGAUGUUUAAAUCUAUUAAAUAUACACUGGUUAACUCAGCACCUUUUACGAUACCCCUCACAAUGUGACAUCCUGUUUCAAAUGAAUUUUUAAUAUCAGCCUUUGCAUCAUUAAACAUGUCUUUCAGAAUUAUAUUAGAUGCCAUGGUGUAUAGCAGGAAGUUAUGAAAUAAUCCUUUGGUCUAUUUAGGGAAGCAGGGAUUGAACUGGGUUGUAUCCAGUUGGUCUCCCUCUACUGUCAGAAUAUAUCUGUCAGCAGAGGCAAUUUUGAGUGAUUCUGCCUUUUCCAUCCCCCCAAUCUGCUCCAGAGGGUUAGGAGAGUUUCUGGAUUAGAUUGUAACAGUCACACCAAAGGCUGUUUGGGAUAAAAUGAAUUACCAAAAAUUGCCUCCCACCCCAUUCCACUGUUGGAUGCCUCCCUUCAUUGGAGGAGCACGACUUGGAUACCACCUAUUGGUUUUAGUGUAAAUUAGAAUAGGACCUACACUCAGGUCUUACUUUCAGACUUCCCAUAAGCAUCUUGUUGGCCACUGUGAGAGCAGGAUGCUGAACUAGAUGAGCCAAUGGCCUGACUCAGCAGGCUUUUCUUAUGUUCUUACCUGUAAUCUGGAUACCACCGGUACCACUUCCCUCAAUACAGUGGUACCUCAGUUUAAGAACAGUCCGGUUUAAGAAUGAUUUGGUUUACAAACUCCGCAAAACCAGAAAGUGUCCUGGUUUGAGAAAUUUACCUCGGUCUGAGAACGGAAUCCGAACGGUGGAAGGGCACCAGCGGCGGGAGGCCUCAUUAGAGGAAGCGUGCUUCAGUUUAAGAAUGGUUUCGGUUUAAGAACAGACUUCCGGAACGUAUUAAGUUUGUAAACCAAGGUACCACUGUAUUUUGUUUUGUUAUUUCACAUUCAUUUUUUAAUGUUAGCAUAAGUCGUAAUGAUGUGGUUUCGCCUUAACUAAAGCCUUUUUGCAUGCUAUCAGUUGCACAGAUGUCUCACAGUAUAAUCACUAUGUUUCCCUCUCAAGAUGUAGAUACAACCUGAAUUUGGAAGAGACCACUAUUAAAAUGUCAGCACUAAGCAAUGAUUGUUCACAUUUGGAGUCUGUUGGUGAAAUAACCAAGGAAGACUUAAUACACAAGUCACAUGUGAGUUUCUGCUGAGUACAUUCCUUGAUGGAUUAACAUGGACUUAUUUUUGAAUUAAUGAUCUUUGCCUUGAAUUGUGCAAUACAUUUUAGUGCUAGGUGUUACAACAGGCAGCAUGCUUGUUUUAUUAAUAAUAUUUUAUUAUAUCCUGCCUUCCUCUAAAAGGAUCCCAGGGUGGCUAGCAUAAUCAUUAAAUGAAUGACCACAGGAAGAAGCCUUUUAAGCUAAUCUAUUUAGGUAGGAGUUUAGGUAUCAUAUAUUUAUGUGCCUAAGUGGACAUGGGAUUUUGAAGCAGUUGCUAAAAAUGUUUUUUUAAAAAUUAAUUAAUUUUUAUUAAAGUUUUUCUGUGGUACAAAACAGACAGAUAAAAAGUUUAAGAUAGGGAGACAUGUAAUACAGGCUUAAACAUUCUAUUUUUAAAUUGUAGUCCUACACACUUUCCUGUGACUAGGUCCCAACUAACUUAGCUGUGUUUACUUUUGAGCAUGCUUUCUAUAGUCCUUUUUAUAUGGCUAUAGAGCAGGGGUCAUAGAGAGUAACCUGUAUCAGUGGCACCAAAGAUGUGAAACAGCAGCUGAUUUUGUAGAAACAGAAUUUUUGUGUGAGUAAACAUUUAAAAAUUGCAGAUUCUCUUAAGUAAUGAACAGAUAAAUAUUUAGACUUUAUAAUAUGAGAAUAGGGCUUUUUGCCCUUUUGCUCCUCUCUGACUAAUUUUAUUAACUAACCACAUCACUCUCUGCUUUUAAUAGGGCACUUGCCAGGACUGUAAAGUGAAGGGACCAAAUCUUUGGGCAUGCUUAGAGGUAAGAUGAAAUUCCAUUUAUUAUAUGCAACAGGAAAGAGGUUUUUUAAUAGAACCUUAAGUUUAAAACUGACAAUUCAAUGGUGAGAGCAGUAUUCACCUGCCACGAGGCUUGGCUGGAUUGUAGUGGGAACUGUGUUUGUGGAGUGGAUUCUUCAAGUGUCCUCUGCAGUGUGUCCUUGUGAGUUAUAGGUUGUUCCCCUAACAAAGGCCACCUUUGAAACUAUAUUUGGGCUGUGCUUCGAACUCAGCAAUUGUGAGUACAAGUCCAGUGUUCUGGCCGCAGAACCCCAUGUUGGAUUUCAAUUCUACCCUAAACUUUCAGUUCACACUGAAUACCAUAAUUGAGCAAGUAUUCUAAACAACCUCCAUGCAUGCCCUUUUGAGAAAAACAUGUUUCAAACAUAAUUUUGGCUGGGACAUUGUAUAUAAUAUUUUGCAUUUUGUUAAAUAAAAAUGCUGUUUUGUUAAAAUAAAAUCCCUUUUUGGAGAAUGCAGUUGGCUGACAAAAUGGGAGUGAUAGGUGAAAAAACUGGCAAACAUAAAUGUUCUUGGUAAAAGCUCACCGGCUAUUUUCACUUUAGGAAGAAUUCUAAUCAUAAAUGUUUGGUAUGCUAUAAGUUAGUUGCCAGCUUUCUGCCAUAUAAUCAUUAAACUCUGUAGUUGUUCCUGCAUAAGAAGUGCCACUUAAGUCACUGGACACUGUCCCCGCCUUUUGUGUGGAUGCUUUUCUUUAGAUUCAGAAAGGAGCCCCAUCAACCUACUGCUUGCUGUUGAUUUCUGGUGUGCUGAGUUUAUUUUAAAAUGCAUAAUUACUAAUCGUGUUCACUGUUUUUGUAAUCUACAAAGCAUUGCCAUAAUUAUGUACAUUUUCUUGUUUGAACUACUUGUAGAUCCACCAAAUUGAAUGAAAAUGAUUUCUAAGGGCUUGAGAAAGUGAUAUAUGCCAUUGCACUAGCUCUUGUAAUUCUAGAUUUUCUUGCACUGAAAACCUUUAGAGCUCUGGUCUGCAUAAUAAUAAAGGUUUCAUAAUGUAGGUUAUACAAUCCAUCUUAACGGUGUUCUAGCUGUUGCAAUAAGCAUCUUAUUUAACCUUAUUUAAGGCAUUAUGUGAAGGAUAAAUAGCUACAGUUGCUACAUUAUUGACUAGAUAUGCUGCACAAUAUCUAAUUUUUGUUUUUGGUUGUAUCUAAUGUCACCACUCAGCUGACAGUAAGCCUUCAUCAGCAGAAUGGGAAGAAGCACUUUUUAGUGAUUUAUCCUCCUCCAUGCAGCCUCCCACCCCGACUAAAUCUGUUCCUAAGAGUUGGGGAACCCUUCAGAGGAGGUUUGGGAGAGGCAGCAUGUGUGUGAAAAUAGCUUUCUUCCCUGUUCCACUAAGGGAAGCCUUACCAACAGCUGAGUGACAGCAUUGGAUGCAACACUUCAUUCUUAUAAAGCAGAGGUUUUGAACCUUUUUGGGUCCACAGCUCCCUUGACCAACUACAUUAUUUCUGCUGCACCCCUUGGGGCUCAGGAGCCCCAUUACGUCACCCCUUACCUGAAGAGCCACAGCCCCUCACCCUUUUUUGAACACCUUGUGGAGUGUUCCUCAGCCUCCUCUCUUCUCCCCUCUCCUUGGGAGUCCUCUGGGCAGCUGCAGCAGCCAUCCCUGGUCUCUGAGCUGCCACCCCCCAGAAGAGAGGUGCCUCUUCCCACUGCCCCACUGGGGCCUGGGAAGCACCCCCUGGCCAGCCCCAGAGGCACCAUUCGCUUGGGGAGGUUGUAGCCAGGGCUGCUGCAACAGACAACUGUGCAAGCCUUUGGGAGGCAGAGAUGCAAGAGGGCAUCAGAGGAAAGAGGGACAGAGGCUAGUGUUGCCCGCGGCACCCCUGACCAUUCAAGGCACCCCAGGGUGCCAUGGCACACUGAUUGAAAACCACUGUUAUAAAGGAAAAGUUGCUUCAGUUUGUGCGUUUAAAUGUCUUACUCUGCUUCCAAAUUCCUAGCUUUCCAUUUGAAUUGAAGUUACUUUAGGCUGCAGUCCAGCAGUGGUUACCUCUGCAACACUUAUUAACAGCAUUGGCACACUUAGCAUUACAGCUCUGAAUUGUAUUUCUUGCAGCUUUAACUAUGGAUAAUAAUUUAUGCAAGUCUCAGUAAAAGAUGUUUACCUGGGAAUUGAAAUUAGCCUGAAAGGUUGCACUGUAGAAUUAUUAACGUCAAGUAGAGUUUUGAUACUGAAUUACUAUGUCGAUUGAAUCCAAUCUAGGGAGCCCUUUUGUGUACCUUUUUACAUUAAUAGUUUCAACAGCAACUCAUCAUGCCUCAUCAAAAGCUGCUUUUGGCGAUGUUCCAUUGCCCUAAGUUUUAGAAGCAGCAUUCUUGGUGAAGUGGGAUAAUUACUCUUGAGCUGAUAAUAUAAAGUGCCGCCCCAUUUGUAUUAUACUGUGAAUUGCUCCUGCUGAGAACUGAAUUAUGUGCCAACUACAUUACUGUAUUUUGCAUUUUGUUAAUGAUUCUGUUUUGUUUGACAGAAUAGAUGCUCAUAUGUUGGUUGUGGAGAAUCUCAUAUAGAUCACAGUACCAUACAUUCGGAGGUAUGUAUGUAAAAAUACUUAAGCGUUUUGACAAGUUAACUCAUCUUUAACUUUUGAAUCUUUCUGGUGUGCAGAGAUUACUUAUAUGGAUGGUUGAUAAACAGGGAAGUUAGAUUUAAUUUAAAAUAAACAAUUGCUUAAUUUCGGUAAAUAUGAACAAUGAUGUCAUGUUUAAUAAGCAGAACCUUUAAUGGCUGAAUACAUAAUUUAGAUUCCAGCAUUUAACUGUAUUGUUCAUGAUAACCUUAGUUUUACAUUUAUUGGCAGUUGGUGUAGGAAAAUGUGAUGCAACAGCUAGUAUUUUAUACCAGGGUAAAUAGCAACUAUAUCCAAGUUUUGGAGUUUAAAAUAAUGUUUUUGUUCAUAAUUUUUGUUGAAAAUAGUAGUGGAUACUAUUUGGUUUGUGAAUAAAAAGCCAAAGGCAUUGUUCUAAGUAAAAUGUAUUUCCCAAAUGUAUUUGGGUUUCAUUUUAAGGAAGAAAGUUGAUAUGGAGAGGAAGCAUGCAGUUGCAAAACACCUUUAACGUGAAGAACUAGCACAACCACAUUCUUUUACCAUUCUGCUGUUAAGAGCUGAAGUGGUCUCCAUGGAGCCCAGGAAACACUUUUUACUUUUUCUGUAUCAUGUGGAGUUUCACCUUGAACUCAUUGCUUCCCAGUUGCAUAGGCAGCACGGGGGGGGGGGGGGGCAGGGGGAAGAACACCCCCCAGCUCCAUACCUGAAUUGCUGUUAUUGCUGUUAUUUUUCUUUCUUGCCAACCUAGAAAUAUAUUUUGUCUCUUCUGUGCCCUCACUCCAUUUUUUCCAGGUGCCACCACUUCUCAGCUGUGUAUUCCUAUAUAUAAACUCCCCUCCACAAUCAUAAGCCCCUCCCUUUGGGUUACAGUUUCAAAGCAGUUUGGAGCUUUUUAUUUUCCUGCCAGCAGGUGAUGGAUGUGCAGCCUCUCAUGUAUACAAUGGAGUUCUCAUUGCCCUAAGUUUAGAAUGUCAGGAUGUAGCUAGUUAUUCCUAUAACAGUCUGUGCAAACAUUACGUUUAAACCAAGCCUAGAAAGAUAUGCAUUUCCAUACAAGUAAAAUGCAACAGUCCAUACAAGCAAGACCCAAUUCCUUCACAGUUGGUCUUACUGUAUUAAAAAGAUUUAGUAGCUGCAUUUGUUUUCUAGGAAACAAAUCACUGUCUAACGGUUAACCUUACCACAUUACGUGUCUGGUGUUAUGCAUGUAGCAAAGAAGUGUUUCUUGAUAGAAAACUGAAGUCUCAUUCUUCAAUGCAAAAUGUUCGACUGUCUCACAUCAUACAGGUAAUUAGGCAAGUUCACUAUCUGGGAUUUUAUAUGGGAUUUUAAAUUGAUUUUUUUGCUGUUUAUGUAUGGUUUAUAAGAUGUUUCAAUUAAGAAGUCAGGUUUUUAGUCUUCUACACAUAAACAUUCAAUAGAUUAUUUAAAUAGUGUUUAAGGAAGCUAUUAACAAAGCUUGUAGUACAGCAGUUUUGCUUUAGCAUCUUUAGAGUCCUAAAUUAUUGAUGAUUUUACACGGUUUGCAUGGCAGUGUAAGCCAAAUAUGGUUUACUGCAACUACACAAGCAUGCAGGCUUUUGCAGAGCAGUUUGUAACCACUUUGCUCUUCUACAGUCCCAUUUUGCUCCUGCAUUGAUUUAAGCAAAGUUUGGCUUAGUCUUAUUGUGUCGUCCAAACUUAGUUCCAUAGUUAAGCUCUCUCUUCAUUAACCACUAGCUGUAGCCAAGCUUUGUUUGUGGUUUGGCUUAUCACAUCAUGUGAGCCAUGCCAAAGGCUUAAUUAAUUUUAGAAUCUAUAUUCAAGAGGUUCGAAAACUUCAGAGUGCUAUAUAAAUGCUUAUUAGGGUUCAGUCCUAUGUGUGUUUGCUAGGGAGUAAGAUCUUUUAAAUUGUGGGAUUUACUUUUGCGUAAACAUUUAUAGGAUUACACUGUUACUGUGUUUUAAUUUUGAAAACUAAUAGUGUAAUAUGUGCAUAUUUUAAUACUUUAUGAUCACUCAUAAAGUGGUCAGUUGCAUCACUCAUGGGGAUCCAACGAGCCACUUCAAGCAUGCUCUAGGCACAGCUCAUACCCAGUGGGAUUUCUGACUUUUUAAAAAAUUGAACACAGUACAAAUUGCUUUUGAAAUUCCCCUGAGUUUUGAAAGUGCUUUGCCAUAAAGCAUUGAGCGCUACCUUGAGAAAUGGAACUCGAGCUCAGCUGGGAAACUUCAUUUAAGAAUUAUGAAAAUAUGUCCUUAAUAUACUGACAUUCAUAAUAACUAUUAAUUUUUAAAGUAAAAUUGAAAAAUUGAAUAUGGUUGCUUUCAUUAAGUGCUACUGCAGUGGUCAACCGGAUGGCUAUAGCCCUUGUGCAGGACCUGAGUUUAUCAGCACUCUCCCCACUUGUGAUCUCAGCAACUAGCCCUCGGAACAUUCAUAUUUCUUAUCUUCCUAUAAGAAACCUAUGCUCUUGGAUAAGUUAUUUCAAAAAGUUUUGACAUAUACAUGUCAGUAAACUCUUGGCUUUGCAUGUAAAACAUGCUUUAGAACUUGAUAUAAAUAAUGUUCAUAGACUGAUUUUAAAUGAUACACAAAGAAAAGUAAGAUUUGCAGGAACAACACAAGGCUUCUCAUGCUUUGUUUCUUGAUCUUUCCCAAAGGAUAUUAGGUUACCUAGUAUCCCUACACUGAAAAUUCCUCUAAUUGCAACAUUUGAUGACCUUGAUGUACAAGUAGAUGAAGAGGAUGAAUUCAAGGCAAGAGGUAAUAUAACUGAAAAGUUCACGAAAAUAUUGUUAGUUGACACAAAUUGUUAGUACCAUAUUCAUAAUUUCAAUGAAAUUUUAUCUCAUCAGUGGUUUCAUUUGUGUUUUUAUGUUCUUCUUUCACACAAUUGUUUUAUAGGUCCCAUCUACCCCUACAUCUCAGUUUUCUGACCCUAAUUAGUUACCUAUUUGGAUAAUAAGCUUUGUCUGUUGAAAUGUAGGUGUUCAGCUGGACAUCUAGGGAGCUGGGUUGAGAGAGAAAUUGGACAUUUCUAAAGGUCUUGGAGAGACGCAGGUGGCGCUGUGGGUUAAACCACUGAGCCUGGGGCUUGCUGAUCAGAAGGUCGGUGGUUUGAAUCCCCGUGAUGGGGUGAGCUCCCGUUGCUUGGUCCCAGCUCCUGCCAACCUAGCAGUUCGAAAGCACGAAGUGCAAGUAGAUAAAUAGGUACUGCUCUGGCGGGAAGGUAAACGGCGUUCCGUGCGCUGCUCUGGUUUGCCAAAAGUGGCUUAGUCAUGCUGGCCACAUGACCCAGAAAUUGUAUGCCGGCUCCCUCGGCCAAUAAAGCGAGAUGAGCGCCGCAACCCCAGAGUCGUCCGCGACUGGACCUAAUGGUCAGGGGUCCGAUUACCUUUUAAGGGUCUUGGAGGGAAUGCAAGAAUUUGUUUAGAUCUGUGGUGACUGCGGUCAGUGAUAAAAAUGUGAGGAGAAAUGAGGAGACACUUUUAUUCAAUUUAUAAGAGCAGUGAGUAGAAGUUGAAUUUCACAGAUGUUGUCUCAUUGGGUAAUAGCCAAAUAAGCCAUACCCAGAGUAGACCCACUGAAAUUAAUUGGCUUGUGUCUGUUGAUUUCAAUAGAUCUAGCUUAGUAUGCCUGAUUUUGGAUAUCUCUCAUUGAGUUCUGAGCCACUAUGUAUAUAUACAGGUUAACUGUUGCUUUUAAAUCUCUGUGAGAAACUCCCUACUACACAUACUGUAACCUUUUUUUUUGCUUGCUUAGCAGUUUUUCAUUAUUUGCAGGUCUGACAGGCUUGAAAAAUAUUGGAAACACUUGUUACAUGAAUGCAGCUUUACAAGCUCUUUCAAAUUGGUAAGAAAAACAGUCCUCUUUGUAGGGCAGUGUGCUUUUCAGUUGUUAGAAAUUCCAGAUCAGCAAGAAGCUGUGUAGGGUAGAGGUUACAGCAUAGAUACUACUAUGUGAGUUGUAUGGCCUAUAGAACUUGCAGGAGGCACGUCCUGAUCAUAUGCCCUUUCAUAAGGCCCCCAAACUCAUAAGUUAAAUUAAUAUGAGUUUUCACUUUAUAGAUCGUCUCAUAGUUAUUUAACUAGUCUAUGAAGUGCAGGUCUCUUUUCCUGUUUUCACUGAUUUUCUGUGCUAACUCAAGUGUAUCCAAUUUCUUGAUGAUAUGAAUGUAAAGAGAAGGAUUAAUACCAAAAGUUUAGAAAAGGCUUUUAUUUUUUCUUCAAUAUUUAUUGGUGUAGAAGCAGUGUGGUCAUUUUGUUACACUGCAUCUCAUUUUAUUAAUAUAAUAUUAAACAGAUACGUUACUGUUGCAAUCAGAUGCUGAAGGUGCAAGAUGGUAUCAGCGCUAUCAUGGAAUCAAAGGGUCUCUUACCAGAAAAAUGGAGCUUAUCUAGAAAGGGGCAGAGCUGUACCAUAUAACUGGGGUUGAAGUAAUAUUGACAUAUUUAGCACAGUCUCAAAAAACUAAUGGUCUUUUUCCCUUUCUUGCCAGCCCACCAUUAACCCAGUUUUUCCUUGACUGUGGGAGUUUAGCUCGUACUGAUAAGAAACCAGCCAUCUGCAGAAGUUAUUACAAACUGAUGACAGAACUCUGGCAUAAAAGCAGGUAUUGUGCUACUUCUGUACUGGCAUAAUUUUUCUAAAUCAGCUUCUCACAAAUAUAUUUUCAGUAGAAUAUUUUGUAAUUGGUGAACUACAUAAAAUCUUAGAGUUUCAAUGAUUGUUUAGCAGAAAACAUAUGAAGUAGAUCUGUAUUUUUCAUAAUGUGCACACACUUGGAGUCAUCUUCCCAAUGACAAUCUUACAUCUGCUUAUUCAGUUCCAUAGUGGUUUAUGACAUGUAAAUUAUCCCACAAUAAUUAUAAUUACGAUAAUAUAACAUUAAUCAAGCGCCUGAAUGGAAGGCCUACUGUAAGCAAUUAGCAUGUUCGUAUGAAUUUGGCUGAGUUAUUGAAUAAUGUAGGAUCUCUGUUUGAAAUGGGUCGUAAUUUGAGUGCAUUGUAAUUUUUUUCUGUUUUUAGUCUGGGGCAUCACCUAUUGAAACAAUAAAUAUCCAUAAAGAUUAUGGAUUACCUGGGUUGUAGAAUUUUAAGCAGCUCUUGUAUAAUAAAAUAAGAAUUGAUCUGAUGAAGUUAGACAAGGUACAUCUAGUGCCCCACACAGCUUUCAGCAGUGACUAAAAAGAUGCCUCUAAUUGAAACUCACAAUUUCCUUGACAGAAUUCUUAUUGUUUACUUUGGUAUAGUUUGACUCAAAAUAUAAAAGACUAUGGCAAGCAAGCAAGAUUUUGUGUCUAUCUUAGAUUGUUCUUAAGUUAUGUGUAUGGUACAGAAUUAGAUGUACACAUCAAUGAGUACAGUCUUGUGUGAAAGGAAUAAGAAAGGAUGCAUGAAAUGAAUAUUUCAUGAUGCAUGAAAGGCAUCUUGAGACAUCAAUACUACCCCAAACAGUGUACCCAAUCAAUCACAGAAUCAAGAAAGGUGAGAAUAGGCCUAUAAUGUCAUAGGAUGCUGAGAGAUGAAAUUCAGAUUUUGUAUCCAAAGGCAGUUUUAGAAACCUCUUGACAUUUUGAUUUGUUGGUUUAACAACUAUUGCAAUUUGAAUACUGUACUAGUAAACUGAAACAUUUCAACCAUUUGAAAAGUUGUAAAUGCACUUAAAUAUUUUUUUCUUCCAGACCUGGAGCAGUUGUCCCCACAAAUUUGUUUCAAGGAAUUAAAACAGUUAAUCCAACAUUUCGAGGCUAUUCUCAGCAGGUAAGCUUUUCUUAAGGUUUCCUCUAUACACACUACAGGAAAAUUUUAUUUAGUAAAGUUGCAAGGUUCAAAGAAAUGGAAAUUGCAGGUAAAAUAAUACAUUUCACUUCGGGUUCUUGGCUAGCUGCUAGAUGAUGUUUACAAUCCAUGCUGUUUUCCCCCCUUCUUGAUUUAUGAAUAAGAGUAGUUGAUAAAAUUCUGCCUAGGUCCAAAAUUACACAGUCAUAUCCAACGUCGCUGUUCUGCUACUGCAGCAGACGUCUGCAUGAGCAAUGGAAUUUCCCCUCAUCUCCCCUGCUGCCCAUCACACACCCUCAGAAUCUGCUCCAGAGGAGUUUCCAGAGCAGACUUUGGAGCUAUGUGGAGAGAGGAACAGGAAGUCUCAUUGCACAAGCAGAAUUCUGCAGGUGCAGCAUUGGAUGCAACCCAUAAAGUGUAAUGUGAAAAUUUAGAACAGAUUAAAUCCAGCUACAGACCACAAUAGGGAACUAGGAGCUUUUAUUUUGUAAUAAAAUAAAAUAUAAGAAGAAGAAGCAAUAAAAAUAAAAGUAAUACAGCAUGUAGCAUAAUUACAUUACAUUUGCUACAACAGACAGAAAAAUUAAUAACUGGUCUGCCAAGACCAUCAGCAAUUUUCAAGUAAUCCGGGGUUUGUGGGAUUUGGAAUCACUGCUGUAAACCCAAAGAGCUGAUUGAAAGUUGUUUUUAGCAUUAUUGAAUGGCUAGCACCAUUGGAGUACUCAUCUGAAUAAAGCACAAUGCUGUACCUACCAUUUUAAAUUUCAGGAUGCACAGGAAUUUUUGCGUUGUUUGAUGGAUUUACUACAUGAAGAGUUAAAAGAACCUGUUAUUUCAGUAGAGGAUAGUAUCCCAGCAAAUGAAGAGAGCAUGGAAGAAGAGAAGAGUCAAUCGGAUGUAGAGUUUCAAUCAUGCAAUAAUAAUGAUAAGGUAGAAAAUGAGGCUUGGUCAAAAUCUGUGGCAGAGGACCAAGCAGAGGACACAAUGUUAAUUCAGGAUGAUGAAAAUGCAUCCAAAGACAAUCAGAAAGAGAAAUCCUUGUGUACCAAGAUGAACAAAGCAAGCUCUGUGGAAGACAUAGAAAAAGACAUAUACAAUUUCUUUGAAACGGCUGAAUUUUUGAACAAUCAGGAAACAGUGAAGGUGCAAAUACACAGCAGAUACUCAGGUGAUUGUAUGGCUAUUAAUUAGAAAAAGUGUUGGGUAAUGUUUUGGUCACAUCUGUUACAAGAUUCAAUUCCACCUUACUACUGUGUCAUGCUACAAUGUUAUUUUACUGAUUUUGAUCUCGUUUGUAGCUCUUACAGGAUAGAAUAUUUUUGAAUUUGUUGUUGACUUGGCAGCAGUGGAUAUAAACCAUUUGUUUUUGUAUGAUCAGCUGUUAUUAGGAUGGGUUGCCACAAUUUUAUAUUAAAACGGCCAAGUUCUGUCACUCUGUAAUAGAACAGAUAGUACAAGACUUUGGGGAGGCACUUGUCUGAAUUCUACCAGCAACAAAAGCAAGUGAUAGUUACUCUGGUUUUCCCUUAUUUAUUUAUGCAAGUGUUUCUGUACUGCCUUCUGCUAAAAUAUCAGGUUGGUGUACGGAAAUAUAAGAACAUUAAAAACGUUGAAAGCAGUGCAGAACAAUGAUUAAAAUGAUUGCCUACUAAAAAAAUAAUAAUAAACAACAGCAUAGGCCUGUCGGCAUAGCAAAGUCUUUAGGAGGUGCCUGAAAGUUAAAAGCAAGGGUGCCUGCUGAAGACACUUAAGUCCUUGACUUUGGUUGAGAGCAGUUGGGCCUCUGUAACACAGAGGAACUAACAGCACUCCUCCGGGUAAAAUUAAUAAAAUGUGGCCGGUGUUUGCAUAAAAUGACAAAAUUUUGAACUGGAGCUCAGUGUGGGUUGGGAUAUUAGCUGCUUCAUUCUGCACUCAGUAGCUCUUCCCAAGGGCAGACCCAUAUAGAGCACAUUGCAGUAAUGCAGUCUUGAAGUUACCAGUGCAAGGGGCUGCAGUCACCACGCUAUCCAGAUACUGCAGCUAGUAUACCAGCCAAAGCUGGUUAAAGGUACUCCCAAGGUCUCUUGGGCUUCCAGAACAGUUCCUAGUUGACCACAGUGGUUGGAAGAAGUUGCUUCCAGCUCUGUUCCAGGAGUGGCAUGUGCUUUCACUGCUUUCUCACGUUUCUCUGUCGAGUGAUAGCAACAUGGUUGUUUCUGUUUAAGGAUAAGUGCACUUUAAGAGUGAAGUAAACCACUUGCCAUGAGAAGGGGCUGGAAUGGAGUGGUGUGUGUAUGUGAUCAUUUGUGUAUUAGGGAAAUGAGUGUUUGUUCAUUGACUUGACAGUUUCUACCCCCACGUUGGCAGAAAUGGAAAGUUGUUCAAUGAGAUGAGCUUUUCUUUGCAAACUGAAAUUGCAAACUUACAUGUAUGUGCAUUUUUCACAGCAGAAGCUAUGCAUUUUCUCUAAGUUAAGAUUAAAGAGUGUCAUGACCCCAUGGCAAUAUUGCUGAAAUACCUGGUUGACGCUAAACAUUUUAGCCAGUAUGAAAGCUGCUCCUCUUGUCUGUAUGGGUUAAAACAUUUGAGCUGAAUGAUGUCUUGGAUGUGGCAAAAUACACACUUUUUGUAGUUUCUAAACAAUCUUUCCAUAGUGUCCCUCUUCCUUCACUAGUCCCUGCUCUAUUUUCCUUUGCAACUUCUAAUUUAUCAUUUGCUUAAUUUUUCCAUUGUGGCAGUUUUGGUUCACAUCCUUUUCCAUUCUUCCUUUGUUCAUUUUCUACCCUGCUCAUGAUUCCAGGUUUUUUUCUUUUUCUUUUGAAGGGCAUUGUGACUCUGCUUCUUAAACUUAAUAACAAAUAGGACUCUGGGCAGUUAGUUAAGUUUUAACUCCAUCCUCUUGGUUCAUUUUAAUUUUGUAAUACGUAUUUGGCUAAAAUGUGUUUUACAGACUAUAUCAAUGAUGUCCAUAUGAAUGAUGUGUCUAUGCCACAAAGUUUUCCUUCAAAAGAUGGGGGGAAUGCACGUUUAUCAACCAGCCCUCCCAAAUCAGGUACUUUCUGGUCUGGACUGGCACCCUUGAACAAAAAAGGUAUAGCAUUCCCUGAUGUUACUUGGUGCUUUUCUCCUGUAUUGGUCCUAACGCUUUUAAAUGAUUAAAAUAACAACAUUAAGUUGCUUGAUUCACCCACCCCCUUUCAUCAAUUCAUAUUGGAAAUGAAUUUUGGUCUUUCAGUAUUACACUGUGGUCUGGUGGCUGCCAGCAGUGAGACUGGACAUUAAGAACUCUUUAUUUGUUCCCAUGCCCCAUGCUAUUUUGAGGGCUUUGGGUAUGUCAUUCCAUCAACAAAAUGCUAAGACAAUAACAUAAACGGCAAGCACAAGAUUUCUGCCUAGGGACCGAACACCAGCACCAAAGCCUCUAUUUAUUUACUGCAUGACUCUGGGGAGUUGCAUCAUUUUGGCAAAUUUGUCAGAGCAGCUUAAAAUAUCCUAUUGUUUUCCAGUCACAUUUUAUUCCUUCAUCUGCUUUGUUUCUUUUUCAUACUUUCAUGUAGCCAGUUCUUUUAAAAGCUAGUUAAGAAAACUCUCUUCUAGUUUGUAUUUAAACUGUCUUUUAUUUUGUUUCAUAAGAUGCUUUUGCACAUUUAUAUCUCCAUUGCCUGACGCACAGGAGUUUUCUUCUUCUGACACAUACAUAGUAGUAGGCAUACAGUCUCUCUGGAUUGUGCUGUGGACACUGCAUGUGAGGCUGUCUUUGUCUGGGUCUGUAUAUGCAGCAGAAUGAGGUGAGAAUUUAGUGGCCGAGGGCCGAGGUGAUAGAAUGGACUGUGCCAGUUCAGGCUGCAGGUGCAGAAUCACAUUCUGAAUUUAUUUUAAGUGUCCAUGUAAAUAGAAAACUAGCACAGCAGGAGAGGGCUAGGUCUGAAUCUUUUCCCUGAAUCUGUUAGUUUUCUACUUUCAGGGUGUGUUUACAUGGAGGAACACUUAAAAAGGUUUAUCUCCAACCUGCAGUCUGAAGUAGUACAGUCCGUUCUGCUAUCAUAUUUUGCUGCAUGUACAAGGCAAGGCCUUUGUCUCCCAUCAAAUCUGAAAGAUCCAGUGAUUUGUUCAAAGCCAGAAGGCUUGCAGAAAUCAUAAUAGAACCCUUAAGUCAUUUGUUGUUUAUACCAGAUUUCCUUAUUAGAUAUAAUUUUUGUGGGACAGCCCUGUCUAGAAGCUGCAUUUUGUAUAGUCAAAGAGUUGGCUGUGUUCUUAUCACCAUCUGUCAUGCAGAUUUGUAGCAUGGGAGCAGUGAGGUCUUGUGCCAAAGACCCCAUGUUCAUGUGAAAUGUACCUAAUGUAUGUUUUGUGUGAACACUGCCAUCUCCCCUUGUAGAAUUAUAUUAAAGAAUCUGCUACCCUAGCCAGCUCAAUAAGCAAUGAUUUGUAAUAAAGUGGAUUUGCUUUUUGGCUCACUGUUUAUUAAAAAUAAUACAACAACAACAAAUAAAUUUAUCAUUUAUACCCCGCCCAUCUGGUUGGGUUUCCCCAGCCACGCUGGGCGGCUUCCAACAAAAUAUUAAAAUACAGUAGUCCGUCAAACAUUAAAAUAUUCCCUAAACAGGGCUGCCUUCAGAUGUCUUCUGCUUUUAAAGUUAUUUUUCUGCACGUUUGGUAGUGGAGUUCUCCAAAAUAGUAAUAGAAAGGGAGAAUUAACUAUAGGUCUGGUAUUCUUAGAAUCAUAGAAUUGUAGAGUUAGAAGGGGCCCCAAGGGUCAUCUAUUCCAACCCUCUGCAAUGCAUGAAUCCUGCCCACAGCCAUCCCUGGGUGGGCUUGAACCACCAACCUUCUGGUUAACAGCCAGAUUCACUGACCCAUUGUGCCACCAAGACCAGAAGAAGAGUAGAAUAAAAAGUUAUUGUACUUCAACUCUGUCCUGAUUUUCAUUUUCUUUUCUUUUUCUUUUUAGUUCCAACCAUAUGUUCCCCCAAAAAGAAGAAACACAAAAAAUUCAGAAGUGUUAUUUCUGACAUAUUUGAUGGGACUAUCAUAAGUUCAGUACAAUGUCUAACAUGUGACCGGGUAAGUGAAGGGAUAAAAUAAAUGUUGCUACAUACACCGUUAGUACUUGUGUAAGUUUUCUUCCCUUAUAUGGUAAAAGAAGUUGUUAAAAAUGAAGCAUGAAUGUAUUUAUUCAUCCACUUGAAAUAUGCAAACAGUUCCUGGAUUAUUCUAGUUCGGACUUCCUCAUAGUUUUAGGCUGGUCUGUUUCCUGUUCUUAAUAGCUUUUUCAGCUUAGUUUAGUCCCAAACAGCUACUGUUAAUUUUCAUGUUCACAUAGUACUGUAGUACUUUACAGUGGAUGCAUCCAGGCAACUCUCGACUUACUUUGGGGUUACAUUCCGGGCAUAGUGCCUAAAACCAAAAUUGUGUAUACUCAAAACACAUUGGGUUAUGAAUGGGAAUGCCAAAGUCUUUUUUCCUGGAAGUCCGCUCCCUUUUAAAGUUUUUUUUUUAAAUUGCCAAGUACGUAAAGCUGAAUGUGCACAAGUUAUAUAUGUGAAGGUUGUAGGUUACCUGUAAUUGCCUGUAGUUUGCCAUCUGGUGGUAUUAUUGGAGCAAAGCACUGUAAUUAGCCACAAGUGGAAUUUAAUGCUGAUAAUUUAAAAUAUAGAAUUUUAUUGGGUCAAUUAAAAAGAAGGUGGUGUUGGCCUAAUCAUCUUCCCUUUGGUUUGGCAAUAGGUGUCAGUGACUCUGGAGACUUUCCAGGACUUGUCAUUGCCUAUUCCAGGCAAAGAAGACCUUGCUAAGCUGCAUUCGGCAAGUCAUCAGACCUCUCUUAUCAAGGCAGGCUCUUGCGGUGAAGCAUAUGCUCCUCAGGGCUGGAUAGCCUUUUUCAUGGAAUACUUCAAAAGGUUUGUUUCUUUGCAUUGCUUGAACAUUUUAAACUGAUGUUUCUGCUGUACUGGCAGAACAUUUGCUGUUUUUUUUGUCAAUGAUGUUUCAGGUUUGUUGUCUCAUGUGUUCCUAGCUGGUUUUGGGGUCCAACAGUAACCUUACAAGAUUGUCUUGCUGCCUUUUUUGCUAGAGAUGAACUGAAAGGUAAGAAAUUCAUAUUUUUCACAUGUCUUACUAAAUAUGACCACCAUACCUCUUACUUUUUGUACCUAUUUUCACAUUUAAAAGGUCUAGAAAAGGUUCCCUUUUACACUGUUGUGGAACCAUCAGUUGACAAUAUAUUCAACAGAGCAAAGGUUCAAAUUAGCCAGUGUAGAAAUUUUAUCCCUUUAAUUUAAAAUAAACUCAUUUUCAUUGAUGGGAAGGGCUGUGGCUCAUUGGUAGGACAUCUGCUUUGAAUGCAGAAAAUCCCUGAUUUAAUCCCUAGCAUCUUCAAAUAGGGUUAGGAGAGGGUCUGCCUUUCUAGUUCAGACCUUGAUGGAUCAGUAGUCAGACUCACUAUAAUGCAGCUUCCUAUGGCCAAUCUUACAGUUUAUUAACAAAAAUAUUUUUAAGCUAUCUGGGCAGAUAUCUAGUCAGUGAAAGUCCAUGUAGUGCAUGUAUUCCUGAUGCUAGAAUGUCUUGAAUACUUAGUGCCUUGCAAAAUCAGAAAAGCUUAGUGCAGGCUGUGGUGGGAAUAUGUUUUUAGAAUAAUGGUUAUGCUUUCCUUCCCGCAAUGUCUGCAGGUGACAAUAUGUACAGUUGUGAAAAGUGUAAAAAGUAAGUGGCCUGCUCUUAAAUUCUUAUAAUUUGAUAUAUGUGGUUAUUUUAAAAGCUGUUGGAUGAGAUCCAGAAUUGCAGCAGCCGAUACAGUGGGACUUCCCCUUCCUCCCACUUCCCCCAAAUCUUGUUUUACAGCGAAAGUCUCCAUUGCCUUUGCCUACAAAACACAGCCUGAGUAUCCAAAGAACCUCUUUCUUUUCAGAAAGAUGGAAGUGGGAAAAGGCAUUUUGCAAGUAAAGGCAGAGUGCAGGAAAAGUUGCCUCUCCCUUUCCCAUCACUUCUGCACACCUCGCACAAGGAUUUUGACAAGGUGUACAGGACAUCUGCCUGCUGAUCAGAUGUCAAGGAGAUAAAGAACUAUAAAACUUUUAGAAGGCACCUGAAGGUUGAUCUGGAUCGAUCGCGGGCCCAGGCAGCUGGAGUACAGCAUGCUCCUCAAUAGACAGAAAGACAAUGGUUCCAAAGCCGGGUAUGAAAGAGCUCUGCAGCCCAACUGGUUUGAGGAGAGAGAGAGAGAGAUAUGCUGGGUGGGGGAGGAGGGAGGCGAGAAGGAGCCAGGUAUCUGACGAGGGAAGGCGGGAUCAGGACCAGCAACAGCAUCGCCUGUGCAGGGGUGGAGGGAGCGGGGCGGGGGGGAGAGAAGGCAGGAUCGGCAUCGUCCGCCCACCCUGCACCCAUCCCUGGGUGGUAGAUCACUACCAGUUUUUAUAUUGGAUCGUAGAUCACACCCUACUAGUUGGACAUGCCUGGCAUACAGCAUCUCCCUAUGUUCAUAAGUGCACAGAUGCUUUGAACUAUACAGAAAGAGGCCCAAGGUUCAUGAGGGUUGUAGGGACACUAGUGCAGCACCAAAUAUGUGGCAAAAGGCUGAAAACAGAAGCAAAGAUAGAAUUGUAGAAUCGUAGAAUUGGCAGGGAUCAUGAGGGUCAUCUAGUCAACCCCCUGCAGUGGAGGAAUCAUUUGCCCAGCAUGGGGCUUUUAAUAUUGUAAACUACCCUGUGAUCCUUGGAUAAAAGGCAGUAUCGAAAUUUAAUAAAGAAAUAAGGAAAAUAAGAGGUUGCUCAUGAGAAUCAGGGGACCCUCUUGAAUACCUUUCAAGGCAGUGUUAGGGGACUGCCACUGAGCUGGGAGAAAAUGGCAGAAUUUGGCAAGUUCCCUCCUUGCGUAAGUGACAGUACCUUUGGCUUCUACAAAGGGCUAAUUCGUGUUUUUUAAAUUAAUACUAGCAAAAAAAUGACAGGCGUUUUGUUCUUUCCUACAAUAUGUUCAGAGGAUUGGUGUCAUUGAUUAUGGGCCUGCAGUCAAAUACAAUGUCCUCCCCAUUUUUUCUCAGUAUAAAGUUUUACUCAAAGGAGACCUUUAAAAUUAAUGGAUCUAACCUAGUCAUAAGUUUCAGUAUGUCUACUCUGAGUAAAACUUGAGUACCCCUCAAAGAGGCUAGUUGAGGGCAUGCUGUGACUUCUCUUUCCACAGCUAUGCUUAAUGUUCCUCUGAGUAUGCAUUUGCUGCAUGUUUUUUGUAUUAAUAAACAGGAGAUCCACAUUGCCUUUUCUUAUAUAUGCUGACUACAUCGAUGGCCAAGAAGGAAUGAUUGCUUAUGAUGUGCAAAUUGAUCAUACCUAUGACUUAUGCCUUGUGUUUGUGAAAAUAAGAUCUAAUUAAUUUCUGAUCACUUCCAACCUUGUGAUUUCUUUUGAAGAUGAUAGCGCUUUUUCUAGUUAGCAAUUUUGAAAUAUCCAGGGUAUUGUACAGUAUUUAAAAUGUCAUUAUUUUAAAUGUUUGCAUUGGAUACUUUUUUACAACUUUACUAAAUUUGCUUUAGGUUAAGAAAUGGAGUAAAAUUCUGCAAAGUUCAACACUUUCCUGAGGUAUUCCAUUUUUUUUAAUAAUAGUGUUGUUUUUCCAUAAUAGAUAGUUGUGAAUAUAGUGUGAAAGCUGCAUUCUGGCUUCCCGAAAGAUGCUUUUAUCUUGUCACAUUUGCACACUUACUCAGAUGAAGAUAUUAAAAAUGGCAAUGCACCUACACAAAAGGCUAAAAGCUGAUUACGUGUGAUCAGAUAUCCACUUGUACAAUGAGCUUUCCUGUACUCUCCCUCCCCCACCCCCCUGCAUCAUCUACGCAGAUCUGGAGCAUCCUCCAGCCCAUUGCACAAGUGCAUAUCAGUGCUUCAGGCACAUGGACGCAACUGCAUGGCAUUCAGUAAUUUUUUUUACAAAGUAUCUGCGGCUGCCUCCGUGCUCCCAAAAUUCUGCUCCAGAGCGUCCAUCAACCAUCCAGCAGAUUUUGAGGGCAUGUAGUAGGCUGCGUGGGAGAGGAGAGGAAGGUGAAGUUCCAUAGUGCAAGCAGAAGUUCAUUCUGCUUCCACAUAGGUGGCAUUGGAUACAACCCAUAAUCUUCCAUUAUAACCAGUUACAUGGGGAGGUUUUUCUACAAAAGUGUACAUCUGUGCAGGAAAAUAUCCUUAUUCACCGAACUAAACACAAAUCUUUGGUAGUAUUAUGUAAAGUGGCCCAUGGAACAUCCCUUUUUUGUAAAAAAAAUGAGAAGGCACGACAGAACGCAAUAAAUUUAAUAACAAGGUAGCAGUAGUAAAAUGCUUGCCUUUUAUAUUAGUAUUAAGUUGUGAAGCAUCAGUUUUUGAAUGAGUGUCUACUCUUCUUUAUAGAUAUUGUGCAUUCAUCUCAAAAGAUUCAGGCAUGACCUUAUGUUUUCCACAAAAAUUGGGACUCAUGUAUCCUUUCCCUUGGAAGGACUUGAUCUUCAACCUUUUCUUGCCAAAGACAGUCCAACUCAAAUAGUGAUGUAUGAUCUCUUAUCAGUAAUCUGUCACCAUGGAACUGCCAUCAGUAAGUAUAUAUAGUAUAUAUUCUCUUUUUGGAUCCAUAUUAUGCAACUGGGGUGGAAUCAAAUAGUUGUGUUAAUAUGUUUUAGUUUCGGAUUGCCUUACAGUACUUUGACAAAAAAUUAUCUUAACUGUUCUUGAAUUUAGAUGGACAUUAUAUAGCUUAUUGCCGGAACAACUUAAAUAAUCGAUGGUAUGAGUUUGAUGAUCAGAGUGUCACAGAAGUCACCGAAUCAACAGUUCAAAAUGCAGAAGCUUACGUUCUCUUCUACAGGUGAGAAAACAAGGGACAAGGAUUUGAAAUACCAUCUUGAGUAAAUUUCUUGUUAGUACCCAAUGCAUGGUUUUUUAUCAUAUUAGCUGUUAAUUCUUGCCUGCAUCUGUUUCAAGAGAGUAUUCCAAAGAGCUGGAUAAUACUUUCCAAUGGUUAGCGUUUCUGAUCAGCUGUAAUUGUGGGCCAAUACAGAAAGCAUGACUUCUUUUAAGAUGCUACUUUGCAGUGAGAUAGUGUAUUUUCCCACAGUUCUCACGUUUUUCAACUCAUUCUGCUUCUUUUUCUGGGCCUUUCUACUGACUUAAUUUUUCCUAGCUCCCCCGCCCGGAGCAUUUUUUACAAUACAAUAUUCUUGAAACAUACUGAACCUUGGCCCCAACAUCAAUCCAUGUAAAAGUAGAGACCUCUGGUCUUCUGUAGUAUUUAUUUAUAAUAGGAACUGGGAAUUUGUGGCCCUCCAGAUAUUUUUGGACUCCAACUCCCAUUAUCUUCAGCCAGCUUGGGCAGUAGUUAGGGAUGAUGGGAUUGGUAGUCCAAUAUUCUCUAGGACCACAGAUUCUAACAUCUCUGGAAAUAUUGUUUUGACAGCCAUGCAUUUUUAUUGCAAAAUUAGAAAAUAAGCUAAAUUGACUUAAAACCCGAAUAUUAUUCAUUUCAUUUCAAAUAAAUUGUAAUAUAUUUGAUGAAAAUUCACAGAUAGGAUGCCACAGUGAAAUUGGACACUGUGCAUAGUUCACUUUGAAUUAAUAGCUGAUGUUUCCUCAUUUAAAUUCAUAGGAGAAUGCAUGUAGGACGGAUUCUGGAGUCAGAUAGAAUUCAACUGCAGUAAAAGGAACACUUCACAGUUCAGCAGCUGCAAGCUGGAGGACAAAGGGAUUCACUGUAGUAGCUUGAAAUUUAUGAGCUCCUGCAGCUGAGCUUUUAUUGAAAUGUGAAUAGGAGAGAGGGAACUACUCUUAUAGUCUAAAGAGCAAAGACAUUCUAAUAAAUGGGACAAUAAAUUUAACCUCUUAACAAAUAAACAGUAGCCAAAUUAUGUAAAGAGCUAAACAUGUUAUUAGGGAAACUGUUUCGUGUUGCAAGCAUUAGACCUAGAUGUUGACCUCAAGUACAUAGAUUCUGAUAAACUGGGGAGCAAAUUUUCAAAUUAAUUGUAACUGUACUUAAUUGACAUCUGUACCAGUAAUGUGUGCAGAUCAAUUCCUUCUAUUAAAAUAAAGCUCAGGAGUUACGUAUGCUUCUAAUGUGCACACACAAAUAAAAAUAUGUGCUACCUUGUUAGGGUAUUCAUAUUUCCAGUUACUAUACCUAAAUAUUUUUUACUUGGAACACAUCCAAAUUUGAAACACUGCACUUUAUUUUAUUGGCAGAUCUUUCCAGUGACUUACAAUUAGCAUAGUGUAUAAACUUGCAUUUUAUUUCACACAAAUUGAAAUAAUCUCAUAUGGAUAUAAUAAUGAUUAUUGAUGUUACUUAAUGUUCUCAGUAUUACCUCUUUUCAUUAUUGUAAUAGAAAAAGCAAUGAAGAAGCUAAAAAAGAGAGACAGAAGGUAUCAAGCCUUAAUAUAAUGGAACCAAGCCUCCUCCAGUUUUAUAUUUCCAGACAGUGGUUGAACAAAUUCAGGACUUUUGCAGAACCGGGACCUAUUUCAAAUAAUGAUUUCCUCUGCAUACAUGGAGGUGAGAGCAUAAUUAUGCAUCAUACAUAAUUGAGUAUGUUAUCUAAUAAGUUAUCUCAUCACGUAGUGUGACAACUUCCUGACUCUCUACUUGGCAGUCAUAGCCUGACUUCCCUCUGAAAUAGUCCCAUCUAUUUCAGAAAUGGCUUCUGUUUGAGCUUAACUUCUUCAGGCAAUCAUCUUUGAAAUGUGAAGAGGGAUAUUGCUGGUUAAGAAUUACAACAAUAGAUAUAAGUUGUUUAGCUUGCUAGCUGAAUGGUGCAGCAGUUGGUAUAUCUUUACUUGUCAGCAAUGACUCACUGAUAAUAGUAUUUAAUUUGAAACCCAUAAUAAAAUCAGCACAUUAUUUACUGCUUGUAUUCUUUUUACCCCAUUUUCCUUCCUACUGCUUCAGGCAUUGACAGGCAGAACAUUUCUGAUUUUAUUUGGGUCUUUAAAUUUUUGCAUUCUAAAAAUCAAUUGAAAGAUGAUCAUGCCCUCUAAUUUUCAAGCAGAUUGACAAUAAAACUGGCAGGGGUUAGACUUAGGUUAGAGAACAAAAAUACAAGGCAUCCUUAAAUUGUAAGCUCCUAAAUACACAGAUUUCUUUAAACCAUUCUUUAUCCUGCUGCCAUCAAAGCUUGAAUUUGGGGAACGGUUUGUUUGAUUUUGUUUUCCCGUUCCUGAAAUUCUUACAAGAUCAUUCAGAUCAUAUCAGUUGUCUGGCUGUGGCUGGUAUUUGCAUAAGGAAUCUUACAUACAUGAUAACUUGUUUCUGCUCUUUUGACGGAUUGACACUUCUCUGUGGAAUAAUUUUAAGGAAAAGCAGUAUUAGCUUCCACAUUUGCUUUGGGUCAUAAUUUCUUUGUUUAAAAUUUGAAAAUCAGACCUCUGUUUAUCAAAUGUUGAUGUGAAGGACAUUUUUUUAAUGCAUAUAUACUUGUGUUCACAGGGGUAGGAAGAGAGCUGGGAUGGGGUGAAAAAUAGGUGUGGGACAUUUUUCUUAAUUUUUGAGAAAAGGCACAACACAGUUUUAUUGGGUUCAACUUACAAGUAGCAAGGCGGACUGCACAGGCAAGGCAGAGCAUACCAACAAGGAUACAGCUUCCUACAACCCGUAUCCUGCCUGAAAACCCAUGGCCUGUCAUGGCUGCUGUGGGUUACCUUGGAAGGUGGAAAGCAGUGACUACCUUCCAAUGACUUGAACCAUUUCUGCAACUGCUGUCCAAACACCCACAAAUGUAGCAAUGAGAUGGAUUGACCCAUGCUGCCAUAGCUCCACGGCCCUUUAAGAGGGCUUUUCCUUCAUGUGAGAAAUUUUGGAAACCACUUUCACUUAAAUCUUACUGGGGGUCCUGCUAGAUGCACCAGGUAUAAAUGACAGCCAUAGUUGUGGUACAGGAGCAGUCUGAAGACAAAAAUAGAAAGGGUAGAUACUAAAGAAAGGUUAGGGAUGAGGAAAUCUGUUGUGCAAUUGUUUGAAAUAUUCUGUUUUGCAAUUUGAUAACUAUUGUGCAAAUUUAAGAUAUUUUGAAUCUUUGCAUACAUAUUCAUGUCACAAGUGUGUUUCAAGCUCAAAUCUAGCAUGAUCUCUCUUCUCACUUCUGGGAAAGCUAUAGCAUGCAUUUGUUCUGACAAUUAAAUUGCACAAGUUGCUGAAAGCUGGUUGUGACAGAAGUUGUAUUCCCCCUCCCCUGCUCAAACUGUAUUCAUUGGUAAGGCUUUUUGAAGCAUAUGAUAUUCUUUAAUAGUUAACAUGACCAUAUAGUAAAUAGUUUUGCUUGAAUUUUUUUUUACUAUGUCUGCUCCUUAGGAGUUCCUCCACACAAGGCUACUUCUAUAGAGGACCUUGUAGUAGUGCUACCUCAAAAUAUAUGGGACAACUUGUAUAGCAGGUAAGCUGUUGUUUACAAGAUGAAAUGAAUUGCUUUUGAUGUUUCGUCCAUAUACUGUACAUAAAUACAAGAAGUUAUUUGUCUAUAAAGCCUCUUCACAUUUUGAUACAGAUUUUGUGUUUUAUCCAGUAAUGGUGGUUUGCUCAUGAUAUGGUCUAAUCCAGCAGAAGCUUCUGUGUACAGAAGGAGAGUGGAUUAUUAUUAUUAAUAAUAAUAUCAUAAUCAUCAUCUCUUCCCCUCACAGCUCCUAGAAAAGGGCAUGAGGUGAUACUGAAGGAAGGGAGAAUGGGCAAAAUAAUAUCCCUGCCUUCCAUUCAUUUGAGCCUUUGCUGCAUUAAAGAGCCUUCCAAGAAUUACACCAGUGAAUACCAACAUGAGAGAGAGAAGCUAUCUUUCAGUAAUAGUUGUGCACAACUAAAAUGUGUGUGGGUUAUUUUUCAGGGAAGUUGCUCCUAUUGAUGAAAUAUUACCUACAUAGGAAACUGGUGCUGAACAAAUUACAGCAUUUAUUGUUCAAGCAAAGAACAACUUGGUUCAAUGCACAACUUUUGAUCCUUCUAAAAUGACAUUUAAUAUUCUGUGAUUGCAGGUAUGGUGGAGGACCAGCUGUGAAUCAUCUCUAUGUUUGUCAUACCUGUCAAAUGGAAACAGAAAAAAUAGAGAAAAGAAGGAAGACAGAACUGGAAAUGUUUAUUCGGGUAAUACAUUCCUUCUCACUUGUUAAGUUCUUCUUCUUUAAACUUCAUAAAAACAGUGAUCUGGAACCUGUGAGUAGAAUUUUGCUCAAAUGACACUUCCAUGGUUUUCUCCAGCAGCCCCUGAGCCUUCUGGAAAUCUGGUCUGGCAAGGCAUAUGCCCUUCUGGGACAGUGUGGCAUGAGGCAUGGGUGUGCAGAAGGGAGAAAGUGAAAAUAAUCUGUUCCCCAUCUCUUUUCACUGGCAAGAUUAAGAGCCCUUUCCCAAAUAGAAGGAGCCCAUACAUUUAAAGACUGCCGACUCAGGAUCCAGUCCAAUAUUUUUGUACUGAAGAAAAGUUAGCCUUUUACAGUAGUGGAUAUUCUAUUUUCAUGAAGACUCUUUCAUAUUCACAUAGCAUCCACAUUGGAGUGUGGGGUAGCAGUGGUGAGAUUUCAAUAUUGGGUCAGGAUUCAUAGAAUGCUUCAGAUACAAGCUCAUGUGUGCUUUCGUGGUUAAAUUGUCAAAAAGUUGUUAAGAAUAUUUCAGUUGCUUCUCUUGAGAAGGCAUCACAAUUUCAUCAAGUGCUUUAGAGCUUGCUUUGUGUCUCUCAGCUCAACAGAGCCUUCCAAGAGGAGGAGUUUCCAUCCAUAUUCUAUUGCAUCAGUAUGCAGUGGUUCAGAGAAUGGGAAGGGUUUGUGAAGGGCAAGGACAGUGGUGAGUAGAUUUCAAAAUUCUUAUCAAGUACGUAGGACGUACCUUUUAUAGCAUGCACUUAGAAUUUUAUCACAGUAAUUUACUAAUUAAAAAAAACACCUGUCAGAAGGCAUAUACCAACUCUUUUGAAGAGCUUUUAGUACAGGCAUCCCCAAACUCGGUCCUUCAGCUGUUUUGGGACUACAGUUCCCAUCAUCCCUGACCACUGGUCCUGUUAGCUAGGGAUGAUGGGAGUUGUAGUCCCAAAACAGCCGGAGGGCUGAGUUUGGGGGUGCCUGUUUUAGUAGCUAAAACAAAACAGAGAAUAGGACAUAAUAGAGCUGUUGGCAUGCAACAGCAUGUAGGAAGCUACAACACUAGCUAGCUAUUAAGGCACCAGAGGAGAAUCCGCUUUAUUUGCAAGCAUGAUUCUAGAGAUCAGUUCAGAAGACUUCACGACAGUUUUAAUGGAUAGUUUGCCUGUAAAUAUCAUCUAAAGUUUUGGGAGAUGAUUCAGAUGUAUUUUUAAAAGUUGUUUACAGUGCAGGGUGGUUGCUGUGCCAAAAAAGGGAGCAAAAGCCCAUCUGAAGAUGGGCAGUUCUUUUGCUCUUGUAGAUGAGUUUUUGAAUUGUGCUCCUGGAUAUGCUGUGUCCUUUACUAAUAACUUUUAAGUGUGUAAUGUUUUGUUGGCUACACCUCCAAAGGAGAAAAAAUAGAAAAUGAAGAAAGUACUAGAGUAGUUUUCUGAGGUGUUUUUGUUUUAAAUAGUAUCUCUUCAUUAUUACCUUACAUGCUAACAUUUUUCUAUCACUAGAUCCUCCAGGGCCCAUUGACAAUGCCAAAAUUGCUGUCAAUAAAUGUGGAUCUGUAGUUCUGAAACAAGGUAUGACUCUAUUGAUACAAUCUCUUAUGCAUUAAGUUUUUCUUUUUCUGCUAGUGACUACUUGCAUGUCUUUCUAGUUUUGUUUCUAUUUCUGUUCAUUUAUUGAUUGAUUAGUCCAUUUUAAAACCUCCUUGCAUUACAUAAGCUCCCAGGGCAGAUGAAACAGAUACAGAUAAAAAAACAGAGUCAAUAAAACCUUCAUAUCUAAAUGUCUGUGCAGCAUGGAUUUACCAUCAGUUGCUGUACAAACCUUUGGAUAACAUGCAGCUUUUUAGUCCACAUAAUUACUAAGGGGGUGAAGGGUUGAAAACCUUUGAAAAUGUGCGGGUAGCUGUUCCAAGAUGUUGACUUAAAAAUGAGAGAGUGAGAGUGAAGUUUAUGCAUAGCAGAAUUCCUCUAUAACAUUAAGUCUCCUUGUAAAUGUCAAGCCCUUCAAGUUUUAUAAAAUAUUUACUUGUAAGAACAAAAUGCCAAAGUAUGUGGAAUGUAAUUGGCUUGAGCUGCAUGCACAGUUGCAAAAAUUAAAGUAAUCUUAAAUAGUUACCCUGAUCUAGUUAAUGCCUCUGCAGUGUUUGCUGUGCUUGGAUUUGGAGCUUGAUAUUAAAAUAUAUCACUUAUAAGCAGAUUGUUUUCAAAAAUCAUUAGUUGAAUAUCGGCUUCACCUUCACCGAAAUGUUUUUUUAGGAGCUGAUUCUGGACAGAUUUCUGAAGAAACAUGGAAUUUUCUACAGUCCAUCUAUGGGGGGGGACCAGAAAUCAUCCUGCGACCACCUGUUGCUCAAAUUGAACCUGAAUCGUUACAAACUGAAGAUAAGAUUGAGUUAGAAACACGUGGUCUGUAGCCACCAACCCAAGGAUAAAUUCUAAUGAGAUAGCAUCCAGUUAACAACAUACAUUCCUAAGAUUUUUUUUGUCUCUUUUUCUGUUUUAUUUUUGUUUUCCCUGUGAGAUAACAGGAGGUUGGGCAUUACUGUGUCUGUGAAAAACAAAUUGAACCUUGUAAUAUAUAAAUUCUAAAAAUGUUUUAGAACCUUUCAGAGACCUUAGGGUAACUUCCUUGUUCUACAUUAACUGUACAUAUGCAAAGCAGAGAUGAAGGAUUUAACUGUUCUUUUCAAUAUCUCUAUGAAUUUCUAGGCUCUUUCAUAUCGGGUCUUGUCAAGACAAGAUUUAAAGGGUCUUUAACACCACAUGGUGGAAAGAUGGGAUAUCAAUUUAGCAUAUAUAAAGAAUGAAAUAUAAAUAUUUUAAGCUGUUGGUGAGAUUGUAAAAAAAUGGUUCUAACAUCCUAAGAAAACUCAGGAAAAGUUAUGCUUCACUUUUAUUUGCACUGCACUAUAGAAAAACAUAAUGAACUUUGCAUUAGAUAAUUUUCUUAUUUGAGUGUAUCAUAUAUACUAAUGAUUCAGAUGAAACAUUGGUUUUGGUCAGCAGCGUAAGUAACUUCCUACUGUUUAAACUGUCUGAUAAGUUGUUGUUGAAUGUAAGCUAGUAUAAUCAAUAGUAUGUGUAAUUAAACAAACCCAUAGUCUUUAGGAGUGUGUGUUCUGAGAGCAUGAAGUGGGUAUGUUAGCAGCUUGCACACCUGAAAAUUUUCUAGUCUUUUUUUUUAUUAAUUAAAAGCAUCAAUAGUUUAAUGUGGAAAAAUCUAUUGUACAGUUCUGCAAUGCUCAUUGGCAUGAUUUAUGAUGUCAGAUGUUGAAUGAUAACACAAAGCAAGAUUGCAAAAGCAUUCUAGAUUAUUCAUAUUGAAAUGUUGAAUGUCACCCAAAUGUGUUUCUUCCUGAAUAUUGCUAACGUAUAAGCAAUAUUAUUAUUUGCUAGUUCAAUAAAAACCAAUGGUAAAAUGAUAAAAAGUGUUUGAACUUUAAGCAAGUGGUUGAACUUUAACUUCAAGAUAUAUAUUAGGAAUAUGUAUUAUAGGUUGCUGCUGUGCUUUAAUGUACAAUUUCAGAAAUGAAAGGGAAGAUCCAUUUUGACUGGAGAAACCUUCAAAAGCAUGCUCACCUCUGAGUCAAAAUGAUUUACUGUAUUUUUUGCCCCAUAGGACACACCAGCCCAUAGGGCGCACCUAGUUUUGGAGGGGGGGAAAUAAAGAAAAAAAAUUUAUUCCCCUCCCAGGUGUAGAGCUGGGGCGGGUGAAGCCCGAGCUUCCCCUGACCCCAGCCCCCAGAACAGGCUGCUAUCUGCAAGCCUAGGGAUACCGGCGGGAAGUCGCGCCAGUCUCCCCAGGUUUGCGGAUAUCUGCCCAAAGCCCGGGGUGCGCUUCUCAGCACGCCCCUGGCUUCGGGAUGCAGGCAGCUCUCCCACGGCUUGCGGAGAGAUGCCCGGAGCGCGCUUCUCAGCGCGCCCCGGGCUUCAGGAUGCAGGCAGCUCUCCGCAAGCCUUGGGAGACUGGCGGGAACUCCUGCGGGCUCCCAAGGCUUGCGGAUAGCUUCCUGAAGCCUGGAGAGCGAGAGUCUCGCUCUCCAGGCUUCAGCAAAAGCCUGCAUUCGCCCCAUAGGACGCACACACAUUUCCCCUUCAUUUGGGGGGGGGGGGAGUGCGUCCUAUAGGGCGAAAAAUACGGUACUUAUAGUACAAAUGGCAGUCCAGAGGAUGAAAGUGCAACAAUAGUUUCAUUCUGGUAAAUGGAACAUCAGAAGCUGCCUUAUACAGUACUGAGUCAGACCAUCUACCUCACUAGUCUCUACACUGACUGGCAGCGGCUCUCCAGUCAUACCUGGAAAUGCUGAGAAUUGAAGCUGGAACCUUCUGCAUGCAAAUCAGAUGAUCUACCAUUGAACUGCCUUCACACU